AUGAAAUGGCGGGUUCGAUUGUACUUUCUGCUCCCCGCUGACCACGUCAAGUUUAUUCUCUACCAGCAGAAACGCUUAGAGUCUGUUAGAGAAGAAGGCAACACACGGGAUCCAGCCAAUUACAUGCAACUUCUUGCGUACGACCACUUCCCCAUGGAGAGCCCGAACUACGUGGGCGACGACGAGAAAGAUAACUACCACGACAUUCGAGAUGAGUAUGGUGAAGAGAAUUAUAUUGUUUUCAUAGACAAGUUCCACUUGACCGCAGAAAUUAGACAAACCGCACAAGCCGACAAGUCAAGUCGCAAUCGACUGACUUUUCGCAAUCGACUGACUUCUCUACCAUCCAUUGUCCUCUCCUGCUGCGCAAAUGCAAAGACUGACUGCACGCCAGCCGCGGACAAAGAGCUGGAGCUUCCAUCCGAUCCACCGCCGCGGCCGAAGGCCAUACCUCCCAAACCGAAGGGCCUCCUUAACCAAGGGCUUGCAAUGGCCAAAGACUUCGCCGUGCAGGCAGCCUCCGAGUUCUUCGGUGACGCUGGCGGGAAAGGAGAUCCGGAUGUCACAAGGCAGUGCGCUGAGCUUUAUGGCCUCUUCCAGAGGAAGAACCUCAUGGAAGCGUCCACGGACUCCAUGCUCAGAGUCAACAGAGGUAAGCCAAAGGGCCUCGCUGACCUUGAGGAUGACAAGGCACCAGGUGGCCUGUUCAUCCAGCAUACUUCUUCGCACCAAUGGUAUCAUUGUUUCAUUCUUGGCAAGAAAGAGGAGGCUCAGCUACAGUGCGUAGCAAUGGAGCCCGACAAAUGGUUUGCAAAGAAGAAGGUUUGUGGCAUGCAAGCGUGUGACUAUGAUCGGCUCACAUUCAAGACCGAGUGCCUCAAGAGGGUGGUUGGCUUUGUGGGGAGGCCGCAGUGUGUUUAUGUUGGUCACCAUGGAGAGGUGCACGGCAAGGACAGCUUGAGGUCCGUGCUUCAAGCAGGGUUGCCAUAUCUCUAG